GCACACACACACACACACACCCAGGAAAGUUUGUACAACAAAGGUUGUCGGAAAGUUGCACACCAACCACAUGCGUGCGAACACGAAGUGUACAAAGAAAAUCUCCACGCGUUAAAAGAAAAGCAUUACGUUACGUUUAAUUCCUAAUUCAGCUCAGUUUCAUUCACGCCACAAUGAUGUCAUACGUGUGGAUUUUCGUGCUGGGAAGUUUAAUCGUGACUGGAGUAAAGAUGCAAGAGGAUGGAGUGGAGGCUGCUGAGAAUGACGAGUCUCCGGCCGAUGACCCCGCUGAAACCGUUCCUGAUCAAGACAACACACCCACGCAGGAUUUAGACGGCGGAGAGCUUACAGACGCUGAAAAUAAAGAAACAGUGGAUGAAGCCACAGAUCUUACAGAGACUGAAACUGAAGAGACGAAGCCUGAUUCAGACGCUACCGAGGACGAGCAGCCAGCGACAGAACCAGCAGCUGAAGAGAAACCUGAUGAAGAAGAAGCUCCUGUUGAAGCAGAAGGUGAAGGCGACGCACCGGACACAGAAGCUGAUCCGCUUGCUGAAGAGACUGACGUUACUGAACAAGAAAUCAAGCCAGAAGAAGCUGCAGAUGAAGUAGAAAAAGAACCAGCGCCAGAGAGUCCAGAUCAAGAAGAACCGGUCCAAGAGGAACCAGCGCCAGAGAGUCCAGAUCAAGAAGAACCGGACCAAGAGGAACCGGACCAAGAGGAACCGGACCAAAAAGAACCAGAGCCAGAGAGUCCAGAUCAAGAAGAAACAGCACCAGAGAGUCCAGAUCAAAAAUCGGACCAAGAAGAACCGGACCAAGAAGAACCGGACCAAGACCUCGGUGUCGUCGCAGAGAAGCCAGUGGAAACCGAUGAAGCAACGAAAGUUCAUUCUAGACGAGUUGAUCCUUCUGAUGCGCUCAGUGAAGACACAGUCGAGGGUGCAGACAAGCAGAGCGCAGAUCAGGGCAAAGCUCGCAGUGCAGGAGCCGCUUCUGGCCCAAAAGACAGUGGAUCCGGUACGGUUGUUGGCGUGGUCUGUGGGAUUGCAGUAGCAGCGGUCGGUGCCAUAACUGGAUACUUCACCUAUCAGAAGAAGAAACUGUGCUUCAAGGUCCAGAGAGGUGACCCAGAGAUCGCCACAGAAAAAAACGGCACUCAGAGCGACCCACAGGUUUCCAGCACUCUCCUGGAUUCGCCUUAACUCUCUGAGGCGGAGGAUUCCCAUGAAGCUACUGUGAACCGCUGCACAUCUAAACUACUCGUUCUCAUCUCGAGAAUCAGAGUGAACUUCACACACACACACACACACACACACGAUUCAUGCAUUCACAGUGCAGCACAAACACUCAUUUACCGCUCCUGACGCAGAUCAUUGUCUCAUAACACCAUCUCCUCUGCUUCGACACCAGUUCUCAACUAGCACAUAGAACUGUUAAUCAUUUGUUUUGAAUGUAAUUUCACAUAGUUUGAAUGGGACGGGAUGCGUGCAUGUGUAUCGUGUGUGUGAUUGGACGGCCUCAUGAGAGGCGUUUCAUCGCGUUACUUUAAAAGUGUCAUGUAGUUUCGCUAAGUGCUUUUAAUCACACAGGUUUGCUUGAUGUUUAAUUGUUGCCGCUGAUUCAUAAAAAGCGAAUCUCACACCCUGGAAUGAUUCACUUUGAAAAUGUGUUGUCUGACCAAAUAGAAUUCAUAGGAUUGUUUUUCUUUCUAUUUUGUUUUUGUUAUUUUAAAUUGUGUAAAUAAUUGUUGAGUUUGAAUAAAGGGUUGGUUACAUGAAA